UCUUAACUCCUUAGGUAGAGACCAACACUACUGCAGCUCACAAUUUUAGGCGCAGUACCGAGGACCGCCGCCGGCAUCUCAACAUGAGCGACCCGAAGGAGGAGGGCCGUGAGGAGGGCGAGGUCGACUCCCUUGAGCCUGACUUUAGCAAGAAGCACCCCCUAGAGAACCGCUGGACACUUUGGUUUGACAACCCCAACCAAAAGCAGACUCAGAAGCAAUAUGGACAAUCGCUCAGAUCGGUGUACACCUUCGACACGGUGGAGGACUUCUGGUGCCUGUACAACAACAUCCGCACGCCGAGCCAAGUCAACGUGGGCGCCACUUAUUACCUCUUUAAGGAGGGGAUAGAGCCCAAGUGGGAGGAUGCGAAGAACCUUAAGGGCGGCUGCUGGACGGCGCCUGUGCCGGGCAAGGGAGACAGCAAAAAGACGCUGGAUGCCUGGUGGCUCAACUCGGUGCUGGCGUGCAUCGGCGAGCAGUUCACGGACGGCGAUGAGGUGAACGGCAUCGCCGUUGUCAUCAGGGCCAGGGGUGAUCGCAUUGAGCUGUGGUCCCGCACGGCCUCGAACGAGGCUGCGCAGACGAUGGUCGGCAAGCAGCUCAAGCAGUUCCUAGACAUCCCCGACUCCUCAAAGAUUGGCUUCUCCGUAUUUGAGGAGAAGAUCGCGUCGGGCAAGGCGAAGGACCGGUACAUGGUGUAAGCGGAAUGGCAGCAGCGGGAGCAUGGCUGGCUUGGGACCCAAGGGUCAUGAGCCGGACCUAUUGUUGAGCAGCAGCGCUGGCGCGUAUCGUGGAGGCGCCGGUAGCAGGCAGCUUGCAGCAUUAGGGUACUACCCGGGGCGCCGCCGUCCUUACAGCCCAUCAUGCAUGCGUGGUCCCUGGUAUGGCUGCCCAUGCGCUUAGCUACUCCGUGUCAUGCGUUUGAUGCAUGGGUGGUUCUAUUGCGAGAAGGGAGCGCAGGGGUUUUGACUGCCUUACAACACUUAGACUCGACGUCCGUGCCUUCGUGUUGCUAAGCACUCGACAGGACGUUUGCCUUGGCGGCUGAGCGCGGCACCAGCUGCGGGUACAGGAGCAAAGGCAUGACUACAUACUGAUACUAGUACUGAACAGGAGGUAGAUUAGAGCUUGGGAGGUUAGGAGGGGCUGGCCCGUAAAUCCCUUGUCGGAGGCGUUUGCGUCGAGGUUUAGGAACUCCAUUCACGGGGGCGCUUUGGAGACGUAUGUCACGAGCAGUCGCAGGGGGUCCACAAACGGAGGUGGCUUAAAAUGGGAGGAUGCGGGCCUAGUCACCUAAGCACUAUAGAGUUUCUUUGCAGUUAUGGCGACGGUUGUGGGGUGUAGUGCGCCCCAGGGAUACCGCGCCUGCAUUGUCCUUUUAAUGGCAAGGAGUUUCUUGGCGGUCGCCCGGAUAGCGAGGUUGAAGUGUGAGAGCGCUUAUUGGUUGCCAAACAGAUUGCGAACUCCGCGCAGGAGUCCGGUGAGAUGCUGUGAGACUG